AUGGUACGUAAGUUCCGAGCACCAAUGGCUCUUUCCUCUCUGGUGGAAGAUCAGGCCUUGGCGCGUUCUCGAUGGCAAGCCGUUCACGAGGCAGCUCGAGUUCUUGGUAAAACAUUUGAAGAAGCUUUUAUCCAUGGCGUUUGCCGACUUCUUGCUGCCAUCUACCAUUUGGGUUGUGCUGGAGCAAUACCUCCACAAACGUCACCUCCCCCUGUGACAGACUUAACACAUGCCUCAACUUCACUUACCUCACCACGAAUAUUCAUAAACCGUGACGCCGCAGAACGGGCUGCUAGUCUCCUUGGAUGUCCCUCUGUGGAACAUCUGGCCAAUGAGGUAUUCAGUACAACAGGCAUCAAUGAUGCAGACUCCGCUACUUCACAGCCCCCUAGUAAUCUGGAACUUCUCGGCGGAUUUGUGGCGAACUUAUAUGCGAUCGCCACCAAUACAUUGAGAGAUCUUAUAAAUAGGUAUGCAAGAAAACUGCAUUUUGAAUUUGAUAAUGUAUAUGGUCUAAAUAGCACUUUAAAUUAA